AUGCAAAACCAGGCCGUAAUCAACCUACAACCGGGCUACGCGCCCCAACAAGCCAACCCGGUGCAGCAAUUCCAAAUGCAGCCAACAAUCACCACGCAACCGGGCGCGUUCGUUCAACCGGCUCCCGGAGCCGUCUGGAUGCCCCUCCCACCGGCCAUCCAGGGUGUGCCAACGGGUCUCGAGUAUUUGACCUACCUGGAUAUGAUUAUGGUACACCAGAUCAAGGAGCUAAUUGAGAUAGUGACGGAUUGGGAGACGAAGAAUAAGUACGUGUUGAAGAAUGCGAAUGGCGAGCAGUGCUAUUAUGCGUUCGAGGAGUCCGGAUGCUGUGAACGACAGUGUUGCGGACCGAAUCGCGGAUUCGUCAUGCAUGUCGUUGAUAACUUUAAGAGGGAAGUGCUCACCAUCAAACGCGAGUUCAAGUGUUGCGGUGGCGGUUGCUACGGUUGCUUCGCUUGCGUCGGCUGCUGCCAACAAGAAUGCGUCGUCGAGACGCCGUCGAUGGGCGUUCUCGGUAUAAUUCGGCAACGGUGCGGUUUCAUGUCGUCGAAUUACGACGUGUGUGAUGGUGAUGGCAACGUGAUCUUCCAAAUCGAUGGACCGUGUUGUUGUAUGUUGUGCGGAUGUCAGGAUAAGGAGUUCCCGAUCAAAACCGCCAACAACGGCACAAUCGUCGGAGCGAUCACCAAAAAGUGGGGAGGAUGCUUCCGUGAGGCGUUCACCGACGCCGACACCUUUGCCGUCAACUUCCCAGGAGAUUUGGAUGUGAAGUUGAAGGGAGUCUUAUUGGGAGCGACGUUCUUGAUUGUGAGUUGGUGUUGGGGUUACUGUAGUUCUGGGUUACUGUAG